AAAUUAUCACCGGCGUUAAUAAAUAUGAUAAUAGAGAACUUAAAAUAUUUGAAAAGAGUUCGUUGCGUCUAGGCGUUAAGGCUUGCUAUUUAAGUCAUUACAGACUUUAUGAAUCAAUUGUGAAAAGAGGAUAUGAAAGUGCUUUAAUUUUAGAAGAUGAUGUCGAUAUGGAACUUAACAUUACAGAUAUUAUGACUAAAGCUCAUCAAAAUUUACCUAAUGAUUGGGAUUUACUAUUCAUUGGCCAUUGUCAUUCAUCGAAUACUGAGUACGCAGCCAAUUUGAUUGCUCAUGAAUUACGUAAAUAUGGUCAUUUACAGUGUACACAUGCUUAUGCUGUUUCAGCUAAAGGUGCUAAGAAAUUAUUAGAAAAACUUCAAAUUAAUGACUUACAACAACCUAUUGAUAUGGAGAUACGCUACCUUAUGGAGGCUGGAGAACUUAAUGUCUAUUCGAUUCAUCCAUCAAUUGUUAUACAGAUUAAAGGUGAUCACGACCUUUCAGACACAUAUACUG